AGUGUGCUCUCCAUAUUACUCAUUCUCAUGGUAAUAUGGGAUCACUCAUGAUCCUCCUCUCCUUGCAACCUCUCAGCCUCAUCUUUCUCCUCAUUAUCUUCUACAUAACACUCUUCCACCUCCGGCGACCCGACAAAUUCUCCGGCGCCGGUCCGGCAACCUAUCCCCUCCUAGGAUGUCUCAUAUCCUUCUACAAGAACAAGCACCGUUUGCUAGAUUGGUACACCGAGUUACUAUCUCAGUCCACCACCAACACCAUCGUGGUUCAAAGGCUAGGAGCACGCAGAACCAUUAUCACUGCAAACCCACAAAACGUUGAGUACAUACUCAAGACCAACUUCAACAACUUCCCCAAAGGCAAGCCCUUCACUGAGAUCCUCGGUGAUUUCCUCGGCCAAGGCAUUUUCAACGUGGACGGGGAGCUAUGGCUCGCUCAGAGAAAAUUGGCGAGCCAUGAGUUCUCUACCAAGUCCUUGAGGGAGUUUUUCAUGCACACGUUGGAGAGGGAAGUGUGUGAGAGGCUUUUGCCUGUGCUUGAAGCCUUGUCCAAUGAGAAAAAGGUGGUUGACUUGCAAGAGCUUCUAGGGAGGUUCUCGUUCAACGUGAUCUGCAAGUUCACAUUAGGGACUAAUAGGUGCUGUUUGGACCCUUCUGUUCCCACUUGUCCCCUUGCAAGGGCUUUUGAUGUGGCUGCUGAAGUCUCUGCGAGACGUGGGGCAGCACCUUUGUUCAUGAUCUGGAGGGUGAAGAGAUGGCUGUGUGCUGGAUCUGAGAGAUUGCUUAAGGAUGCUGUUGGGGAGGUUAAGACUCAUGUCAUGAGAAUGAUUCAUGAGAGGAAGAGGAAGAGGAAGAGGAAGCAGGAGGGGGAGGAACAUGGUGUGGAAGAUGAGGAUCUCUUGUCAAGGCUUAUAUGUGCUGGUCAUGAGGAUGAGGUGAUUAGAGACAUGGUGAUAAGUUUCAUCAUGGCAGGGAGGGACACUACUUCAUCAGCCAUGACAUGGCUCUUUUGGAUACUAUCACAUUAUUCUCAUUUGGAGAGGCAGAUAGUGGAAGAGGCUAAAGGGGUGUUGGAUUAUGAGUCAUUGAAGAGUUUGAGUUUCUUGAAGGCAUGUUUGUGUGAGUCCAUGAGGCUGUAUCCACCAGUGGCGUGGGACUCUAAGCAUGCUUGUGGUGAUGAUGUGUUGCCAGAUGGCACUGAGGUGAAGGCAGGAGAUAGGGUCACAUAUUUUCCCUAUGGAAUGGGGAGAAUGGAGGCCUUGUGGGGGAAGAACUGGUUUGAGUUUAGACCAGAUCGGUGGUUUGAUGAGGAAUGUGGAAAGAGUGAAGGAAUAAUGCUGAGUGAGGUUUCUCCUUUCAUGUUUCCAAUUUUUCAGGCUGGUCCAAGGGUGUGUCCAGGGAAGGAAAUGGCCUUCAUUCAGAUGAAGUAUGUGGUGGCUUCAGUUCUUUGCAGAUUCACAUUUAGAAUUGUUAGUCCUCAGAGGCCUAUAUUCGUGCCACUGCUCACGGCACACAUGGCCGGCGGCUUGAGAGUAUUGGUUUGUAAAAGGGAAAAGGUAUAAAACUGAGUUAGAUUGACUCAGAUUUUUAAAUUCCUUUGAGUCAAUCGCACUUAUUAGAUAUUUUAAGGCACUCUAUUUUGUAUUGAGAGGUAAUUGAACAAGGGAAAAUAGUUGCUACAUUCCACACCAAAUGGCUCUUUAAAGCAAAUUAAGUUUAGCUUUGUUUCAUGUUCUCAAAAAUUGUAUAGAAAAGACCGAAAGAAAUUAUAAAAUCCUAUUUCUACCAUU